AUGUCUCAUCCUGCUGACGUCCUCACUCCGCCCAAGGGUCAGCGCCCUCGACCUGCUGCUGACGCCAUGGCUUCCCCUAGUGCUGCUGGAUUUCCUGCAAUGGAUCAGCAGUCGGGAAGUGUCAAUGCUGAUAAGGAAGUUACUAAGGACAACAUUCCUGCGGUGACUGCCAAGCUCAAAGGUGUUGACAUCUCCAUACCUGGCGGUUCCGGUCUUUCGGUGGCUGAAAAGGCUGCCAUGGCUGAGGAUGGUUGCAUGGAUGAAGACUCUGACGACGAGAUGCUCAUCGACUUGGACAAGGAGGCUGCGUCCCGGUUGCACUCAGUUAUCAUCCUGCUGAUUCCCAUGAUGCUUGAGAAGGAGGUUUCCUCUGUGAUUGAGACUGUCAAGGCACUAAUCAAACGUGGAUGGUACACAGAUUUAUUCGACGGAGCUGCAGCGACAACAAAGUUUCAGGAACUGCUUCCCGCUUACGUCGCCAAGACGCGUUUCUGUCGCCUGCAAGUCUCCUUCGUCAAGGAAUCUGAUGCGCUUUGGGUGCAGAAGAAGGAGGUGGUGUAUCAGCCACUUGCGAAUAUGGGUCAGCUGGUCACGCUUCAUUGGCUGCAUGCUGAGGAUCUGUCUUACGCUCGUGAGAAGGCGAUGAACCCGCUCGCCAUUGAAGUUAUGAUUCCCGCGUCGCUGAAAGCAUCCUCGCUGAUGCUACCCAUCCUCCACGAUCCAGCCAUUGCCUUUGUCUCCACCGGCAGCAGCAGGGAGGACUGGAUCUGCACGCAGACAGGGUGCGGGAAAGCAAAGGGGAAGAGCUUCAUGUCGGAGGCCGAUCAUAUCACUGUUGCCGCUCAUCUGCAGCAGCUGGAGAAGCCUGGGUCAGCCACGAAAGCCUCUCUCGACAGGAUGAAUCUCACCGUCAUUCGCAAGGAUUACGGAGUGUGA